AUGCACAGCCGCGCUCACGGCUACGGCGGCGGGCCUCCGUCCGUGGGAAAGCGGCAGCCGUCGGGCUAUAGGGUUCCUCCUGCGUCGCGGGCUCACUCCCUCUUUCUCUUCCUCCGUCGCCCCCCCCCUCUACCGCAACCCCUACUCCCCCUACUCUCUCUCCCCCUCGUAACAGACUCGGACAACUCGCUGCUGCGCUACCUCAGCGACGACAAGAUCCUGGUGAUCGAGGAGGAGCCGGAGGGCCCGGUCCGGGAGAGCCGUCGGGACUCCGCGCGGCGCUCCCGCCGCAAGAGCCGCAACCCCAGCAGCCCCAGCUUCCCCAUCAGCCCGUCCAUGCUGUCGUCCACGCUGCGGCUGGACGCGCCCCCCGAGGCGCUGCCUAGAGGAUCAGACACACUGCGGGCAGAUACAGACAGGUACUCUGGCUCCGGCAGCUCGGGUGCAGCGUCCAUGAGGAAGUCUUUCCAUUACACCUCUCUAAGAACGAAACCCAAAAAGAGAAGUAAAGGUUCCCUUACGAGCGCCAGCCGGAGGAGAAUCUCCUGUAAAGACCUGGGCCAUGGGGACUGUGAGGGGUGGCUGUGGAAGAAGAAAGACGCUAAGGGCUACUUCACCCAGAAGUGGAGGAAGUACUGGUUCAUCCUCAAAGAGUCCUGUCUGUACUGGUACACCAAUCAGAACGAUGAGAAGGCAGAGGGCUUCAUCAGUCUCCCAGAGUUCAGAAUAGACCGAGCGAUUGAGUGCAGACGGAAAUUUGCCUUCAAAGCCUGUCAUCCCAAAAUCAAAAGUUUCUUCUUCGCCACAGAUUGUCUCGAGGAAAUGAACAGGUGGAUGAACCGUCUUGGCCUGGCUGCUAUUGGCUACACCCCCGACGACAAGGUGCCACGUCCGGAUGAAGACUACUGGAGUGAGAGUGACCAGGAUGAGGUGGAUGGCUCCAUGACCCUCAAACAGGAGGGGCCCUCGUCCAUCUGUGAUACCUACCACCGCACGCCAUCAACCCACCUCCUCCACAGCUACGACCAGCUGCCCCGCUCGCUCAGCUCCAUGAGCCUCAUGCGCUCCACCCCCUCCCCGCUCCCCCACUCCAUGAGCGCCUCCACCUCCCCCGUCCCCCCGCAGAUGCUCUCGUCCGUCUCCCCCGUCCCCCCUCAGAUGGUCUCUUCCACGUCCCCUCUCCCCCUGCAGGUCAACUCCUCCAGCCCCUUCCCGGAGCCCAAGCACGGCCGCCACUUCUCCAGCGAGUCCACGCACUCCCACUCCUCCGCGGAGGAGCAGCGCGGCGACACCAUGGGCGGGGGCACGGGCACGGGCAGCACCAGCACCCACUCCUCCGGCUGCCGCUCCACGCACCGCGAGCGCCGCUCCUGGCAGGACCUCAUCGAGACGCCCCUGACCAGCUCCGGGCUCCACUUCCUGCAGACGGGGCCCGGGGAGGGGGGCGGCGGCGGCGACGGGGGCUACGGAGGCAGCGUCAUGGGGGUCGGCAUGCCCGGGGACAUGGGCCAGUACGGCGGGCUGGGAAGGCACAGCAUGUCCCCCGAGAGACGCAGGCAGGCCACGCUGCCCGUGAGGAGGCACCACGCGGCCGAGAGGGACCGGGAGAGGGACGGGCCCUUCCCGCUGGAGCGGGGGCCCCACACGCACGCGCACACGCACCGCCGCUCGCACAAGCAGCGCAGCCAGAGCCUGCCCCGGAACAGAGACCCGCGGCCGGGCAAGCCGCUGCGCACCCCGGCACGCAUGGUGGAGGAGAGGAGCGAGGACGAGGAGGCGGAGGAGAACUCCGCUGAGCUCCACCAGGCGGAGGAGGAAGAGCUGUGGGAGAUGAGGGGCGAGGGCCGCGAGAGGAGGGUGUCGGAAGGCAGGGAGCGGCGGGUGUCCGAGGGCCGCGAGGUGGGGCCCGAGGGGCCGUCGGUGCCCGUGGACGGGCUGGAGCAGCUGUACCGGGCCCUGGAGCAGGCCAACGUCACGGCCAUGGGGGACCCGCGGCCGUGCAGCCGGCAGGAGCUGCGCCGCUGCUUCGCCCAGAGGACCCGGGACCCCUUGCUGAACGACCGGCUGCACAGGGUGCGCGCCCUCAGGAGCACUCUGAAGGCCAAAGAGUCGGAGAUGGCCGUGAUCUGUGCCCUGCUGGAGGACCCAGGCCUCUGCUCCCAGAGCUUUAGGGAGUGGAAGCAGUGGCACAGUGAGCUUUACUCAGACAUCUGCCAGCUCAGCCCCCCGUCUGGCACCAACGGCCAAGACGACCGCUCCCUGUUGGUGGCGACACUCAUGACCCACACACACUCCUUCAUUGAGACGCACGUGUGAGGGUGUGAGGAGACAGGAGGAAGAGGAGGAGGAGGAGGAGGAGGAGGAGGAGGAAGAGGAGGAGGUGGAGGAGGAGGAGGAGGAGAAGGUGGAGGAGGAGGAGGAGGAGGAGGAGGAGAAAAUACUUGUGCAGAUAGAGUUGACGGAUGCGGACAGAAGAAAUACAGACGCACGUACGCAGACGGACACAAACACACAUUCACAUACACGCUGGGUCUUCUACUACGACUUGAGUACGCACGACAUUGGAAACAUACCUCCUCGCUCUCUCUCUCACACGCACACACACGCGCACGCACACACACACACACACACACACA